AUGGCCUUAAGGGAUUCAGCCUGGCGCGCUUACAAAGUCUGUCCAAGUAACCUGACCUGGGGUGCUUACACAACUCAACGAAACCACUGCGUCAAGUUGAUCCGCGAAGACAAACUCCAGCACCAACAGAACUUAGCGGCGAAAUUCAGUACAAAUCCCAAGUUGCUGUAUAGACACGUCAACAAGCUCCGCAGAGUGCAGCGCGGGAUCCCGGUUUUACGUGCAACAGAUGGUCUUGCGCAAACCGCACAAGAUGCAGCCAACGUGCUUCGCCAACACUUCAUCCAUACUUUCCGGAGUGAAUCAUCAUUUCAUCCGCUUUUUACACAGCUUCCAUCGCCACCAGGGUUAAACCACGUAUCGUUCACGGCAGCCAAUGUGAUGAAAACGCUAAUGUCAUUGCGCGUGCACAGCUCACCUGGCGUGGACGACAUCAAACCGAAGGCAUUGAAGACAGCGGCCAUGAACCUUGCCGAACCAUUAGCUCGGUUCUUUCAACGUUGUCUCGACGAAAUGCAGGUUCCGACAAUGUGGAAACAUGGACUAGUCACUCCUAUUUACAAAAGUGGUAAUCGUUCGGAGCCCUCGAACUACCGUCCAAUCACUCUCCUCCCAGUUUUAUCCAAAGUAAUGGAACGUAUAAUUGCAGAGGCGCUCAUGGGAUAUCUUGAGAGCAACAACAUCCUAGUGUCACAGCAACACGGAUUCCGCCGAAAUCGAUCCUGCACUACAAACUUGCUGCUAGCCCGAGCAAGCUGGACAGAGUCAGCCGAUGCCAGAGUGGGAGUCGACGUUGUCUACCUGGACUUCUCGAAAGCGUUCGAUCGUUUGGACCACCGCAUUCUCCUUCACAAGCUUCGAAGCUAUGGAAUCGGUGACCCUAUACUCGGUUGGAUCGGCAACUUCCUCGCUCAACGUCAGCUGAAUGUGAGAGUCCGCAGCUCCAUUUCCGACCCAAUUGACGUCCAGUGUGGCGUGCCUCAAGGAUCGGUACUGGGGCCACGUUUAUUCCUCACAUUCAUUAACGAUCUUGCCAGUGUACUGCAGUCGAAUUUCUUACUAUUUGCAGAUGAUAUCAAAAUUUGGCAUGAUAUCAGGACAUCGGAUGAUCACAUGGCAUUGCAGAGCGAUCUCGACAGGGCUUAUGCGUGGUCAUCCGACAACCGGCUCCAGUUCAACGUGACCAAGUGCAAAGUCGUAAGCAUACGCCAUCAGCUUAUCUAUGAAUAUCGACUUGGGGACCAGCAGUUACAACGUGCUUCCCAAGAAAACGACCUCGGGGUGAUCGUGCAGGACGACCUUGGUUGCUCGAGACAGGCUGAAAAGGCAUCAAAAAGAGCCAGUCAACAUCUUGGACUCUUACGGAGGGCUUUCGGCAAUUUUGAGCCAUCAAUCUUUCCGCAAAUGCUGAACGCCUACGUGAGGCCUCACGUGGAAUAUGCGAUCCAGGCCUGGCGUCCCUGGCGCAAGCGCGACGUCGAUGCACUUGAAGCUCCACAACGUAGAGCGACCAAACUCGUUAGAGGAUUGUUUCAUCUCUCCUACCAACGCAGACUGCAGUCCCUGAGAUUGUACAGUGGUGAAUAUCGACGUCAGCGAGGAGACCUAAUCAUGGUUUACUUAAUACUGACGAACCCAACUCACCCAUGUCGCAAUCUGUUGCAGCUGAGCCAAAAUACCAACCUGAGAGGCCAUCAGCUCAAACUGGCUACGCACUACAGUCGACUUGAUUGUCGACGAAACGUUUUCUCCCUCCGUGUGUCCCGUGCCUGGAAUGCCCUUCCGACUCACGUUAUCCUUGCCCCUACAUUAACGCUUUUCAAAAAACGCCUUGAUGAAACGCUUUCAAACUUGCAUUACUUGAUAUAG